CUCAAGUUAUUCCAGUUCAAAAUUCACAGGCAAAGCGAAUCCCCAAAGCUUCAAAUCCAUCAACCUACCAAAAAAUCCAGUCUUUGAAACUGGGCUUCUUCAAUUCUUCUCAUAUUUCUUUCGGAUUACAAAGGGUCCCGCGCCUUGUGCUUGCUGGCUGUGUCGGCUAUGUCUAAGGAGCCGAGUUCGGGCGAUCACGGUGGGAACAAUUUCCAUGGCGUGCCAACUCAUGGCGGAAGAUACACGCAGUACAAUUUGUACGGAAACCUCUUCGAAGUUUCUAGAAAGUAUGUCCCUCUCAGGCCCGUCGGCCGUGGGGCGUACGGCAUUGUAUGUGCUGCUGUAAACUCUGAGACACGUGAAGAAGUCGCCAUUAAGAAGAUUGGCAAUGCAUUUGAUAACAGAAUUGAUGCAAAGAGGACAUUACGAGAAAUCAAACUUCUACUUCACAUGGAUCAUGAUAAUGUGAUCGCAAUUAAAGACAUAAUACGGCCACCUCAGAAGGAGAACUUCAACGAUGUCUACAUUGUUUAUGAACUUAUGGACACUGAUCUUCACCAGAUUAUCCGGUCCAACCAACCAUUAGCCGACGACCAUUGUCGGUAUUUCCUUUAUCAAAUCCUACGGGGACUUAAGUAUGUCCAUUCUGCAAACGUCUUGCAUCGAGAUCUUAAACCGAGUAAUUUGUUCCUCAAUGCUAAUUGUGAUCUGAAAAUCGGAGAUUUUGGCCUCGCAAGGACUACAUCUGAGACUGAUUUCAUGACGGAGUAUGUUGUUACUCGUUGGUAUCGAGCUCCAGAACUGCUCCUGAAUUGUUCAGAAUACACUGCUGCAAUUGAUAUCUGGUCCGUAGGUUGCAUACUCGGUGAGAUCAUGACAAGACAACCUCUAUUUCCCGGAAAAGAUUAUGUUCACCAAUUGAGACUCAUCACAGAGCUAAUUGGCUCCCCAGAUGAUGACAGUCUUGGGUUUCUAAGAAGCAACAAUGCCCGAAGAUAUGUUAGGCAGCUCCCACAGUACCCAAAGCAACAAUUUUCUGCUAGAUUUUCGAAUAGUGAUCCUGGAGCUCUGGAUUUAUUAGAGAAAAUGCUUGUGUUUGACCCAAGCAGGCGCAUUACAGUUAACGAGGCUCUGUGUCAUCCAUAUUUAGCACCCCUUCAUAAUAUCAACGAGGAACCUGUUUGCCCUCAGCCCUUUUCCUUCGACUUUGAGCAGCCAUCAGUUACUGAAGAGCACAUCAAGGAACUCAUAUGGAGGGAAUCCGUAAGAUUCAAUCCUGACCCAACUCAUUGAAAUAUGUUAUUAUGCGUGCUCUCAUGUUUGUAGAAUCUGUAUAUCUCACAAAUAUUCUCUAGAUGGAGAUAUAUCGGCAUAAAAAGGACUCCUUUUAGGUCAUAGCAUGUUAUUUGCCUGUGUUUUCCUUCGCGUGAAUGUUUUUACAGCUGUGCUGAAGUAACAUAAACGUACCACCAACUACAAUUUGAUGUCUUCUGUAAUUUUCUGAAUGAGAUAAAUUCAAGAUUCCUCGUUUCUGUAUUAAA